AUGUCCUCCACCAUAGUCCUGAUCACAGGCGCCAAUCGAGGCAUCGGUCUUGGCCUUACCGAGCGCUUUCUGGCAAAGCCCUCGCACACCGUCAUUGCCGCAGUGCGCAACCCGGAGCACGCGACCGCGCAUGCGCUACAAGACCUGCCCAAGGGUUUUGACAGCCAGCUUAUUGUCGUGAAGCUCGACGCUUGCGUCGAGCAGGACGCGCAAGACGCCGUCGCCAAGCUGCAGCAGAAGCACGGAAUCCAUCACCUCGACAUUGUGAUUGCGAACGCCGGCAUCAGCUACAUAUACCCCACAGUCGCAGAGGUCAAAAUUACGGAUAUCAAGGCGCACAUGGAGCCAAACGUGUAUGGCGUCAUAGCGCUGUACCAAGCGACGCGGGAGCUCUUGAAGAAGUCGGCGCGUGAGCCGAUAUUUCUGCCCAUGGGCUCCUCGGCGGGAUUGUUGGUCAACCACCUGCCCAUCACCAACGCCGCGUACGGGCCUACCAAGACAGCACUCAAUUGGUACACGAUUCGCAUCAAUGCCGAGGAUGAGUGGCUCAACUGUUUUAUCAUCGACCCAGGCCAUGUUGCGACGGAUAUGGGCGACGCCGCGUCGCAGGCUUUGGGCAUGGGCGAGAAGGCGCCGGUUUCGGUCGAGGAUUCCUGUGAGGGCAUGAUGCAGGUGUUUGCGAAGGCUUCGAAGAAGGAGUACGGCGGCAAGUUGGUUGUAUAUACUGGGGAGAUUUCGGGGUGGUGA